GUGGCUAACUGCGUGCAAUCUUGCUUGCAGUUUUCUCUCUCCUUGAAUGGAUAUUCCUUCAAACAGUCCAACUGACAUUAGGAGACAGAGCCACCUACCUACUCCUCAAGAAUUAAAAGACUUCAUACAAGAUGGCGGACAAGAAGGCACUAGUCCCUCAGUAUUGGAAAGACGGUCAGGAACAUGCCAUUGUUUCUCAUUAUCACCAAAAGCUAAUGCAUACAAGAACGUUCUUGGAGUUGGUCUCUCUUUCAUGUUAGUGACAAGCAGCGUGCUAGCCUUAGCUAGUUUACAGAGCUCUCUUAAUGAUGAAGAAGGGCUGGGGCUAGCUACACUAGCCAUUGGAAGUGCCUCCUUCCUCAUAUCAGGUUUAUUCUCCUCUUCUGUCAUCAAAGUAUUCGGUACUAAGUACACCAUUAUACUCGGCUAUGUCUCAUCCCUGGUCUACGUACUCACUAAUUAUUAUCCACGGUGGUAUACGCUGGUACCCGGUGUCGUUAGCUAUGGGCUUGGCCACGGUCCUAAUCUGGCGGCCAUUAAUGUACAUGUCACAAUAAUAGCAGUGAAAUACGCUCCUGUCUUCAAGGAGAAGACCGAUCAUUUGAUUGCUUUCUUUACCGGGAUGGCCACCAUGUUUUUUAGACUAGCGUUUAUCCCUGGUAACCUAGCAACUACUGUUAUUCUGUUUAGCGAACGAUCUAAUUCUGACAUGGAUAUCAUUGACUCCUCCCUGGGCCCUGUCUGCAAUAACACAGAGUUCCAAUCACUUGAACCUGGCUACGUUUAUAUCCUGCUCUCGUCUUUUGUCGCCAUGGCGAUUGUUGCCAUAGUGAUUGCGUUCUUUUUAAUCGAUAAUCCUGGAACUGACUUUAAGUAUCAGUCCUGUCGACGGUUUUUUGGUGUUUAUUUGAAGGAGCCGAUUCUGUCAACUUUCAAGAUGUUCCUUGAUUGGAAGAUAUACCUGCUACUGAUAAUGGUGAUUGUAACAUCAUUUACUACAGCGACUGUGAUAGGAAAACUAUCAAAGGUAUAUGUAUCAGAUUGUAUUGGUGUCCAUUGGGUUGGUCUCUUUUCACUGACGUAUGGUACAUGCAGUGGUAUAUCGGCCAUAGUAACUGGUCGACUGGUCAAAUACAUUCCUCAGUUCCUAAUGGUGUAUGGAUUCUCUGCUCUGAUGAUUGGGACUGUAUUCCUCCUCCUUUUCAUGGAUAUAGAGCCAAGCUAUGCUUUAGCCUUUGUUCCAAUAGCAAUCAUUGGUCUUUGUGAUGGAAUGUGGCAUACUCUGCCACCAACUCUUGUUGGCAUCCUGUAUCCAUUAAAAAAGGAGCCUGCUUAUUCAACAAUAAGAAUGGGACUAGCAGGAGGGCGUGUCUUGGGGUUUUUAUUAGGUCUUUUCUUUCCAGCGAGUGUUUCUCUCUGGACUGAAGUUGUUAUCAUUACUGUUGCUGUACUAGCUUACUCGAUACUAGUCUUUGCUACGCAAAGCAAGCAGCAAUUAUUACCGUGUCUUUAUUUAUCAAAGAAAGACAGCAAAACAGCAGAAGAUCAUAAUUAAGAAUUAUAUUCAUGAUAAUUCAUCAAUAGUCAAAAAUUAUUCAUUAUUAGAA